UCAACACUUGUCGUUUUUGCAUAUAUCUUGUUUGUGCACUUUACCUUUGCUCUAAAGUCUCUUGAUUUUACAAUCACGGUUUUAAAACAGGGAAAAAUCAUGGGCAGAAAAGCCGGAACCUUGUUCAUCAACCCAAAGAAAUUCGGUAAUCUCCAAAAACCUUGCGCGAGAGAAAUGAUUUCGUUUCUUAAUUGCCUGGCUUUGAGUCAACAAGGCAACGACUCAAAAUGCAGCCGACAAAAAUCGCUACUGAGUACCUGCAUGGAUGCUCAGUCUAGCGGUAAAAGAAAGCCAUGGGGUAGCAUUAAUUAUCACCUGCAGAGGCUGAGCAGGGGAAGGAAGUAGGUUCGUUGCACGUAACAAUUUGGCCAUGACGAACGAAAAUUACUCGGUUUUUUUCUUUUUUCUUCUUUUUUGUGUUGAAAUUGUCCUGAUAUAGUGUGAUAUGUGUCUUUGAUGUGAUUUCAUGGCAUUUUAUUGAAUUACUCUAUUUCAUGGUCUGAAUGGAGGAAAAUACUUCUCAGAUGUUGUUCAUUUACUAACUGC